GAGUAGUAGUCUUUACGGCGGUCUCCGCAGACCUGGGGGGAAGAAAAGAACUACAAUUCCCGUGAGGCCGUGCGGGGACAGCCCCGCGCACCCUCCCGCCAGGCGCGUUCCCCCAGGCGAAAUGGGAGGGCGACCAGCGCGCGCGCCGGGGAUCCGCUGAGCGAGCGCUGAGGCGCUGGGCUCGUGGUGGUUGUGGCAACUGAUCGAGAAAAGGAGACGCGUGGGAAUGUGUGGGGGUUGAAACAAAAGACGUGUGGCAAAAGGCAAAUUAAAAAAUAAAAACAGCCGUGUUCCAAUCCCUCGCCACCCGGGCGGAUCCUAACUCGCGCUACUGCAGGAGGUCGGGAGCGCGCUCCCGGGCUCGCGCCUCAGGCGCCGGGGGCUUAAACCAGCUGGGGCGGGGCCGGCGGCGCGGGGGGCGGGGCCUGAGGCGGCGUGUGUGCGGCGGCGGCGGCGGCCAGAUCCAGACAUCUGGGACUGUUGUUGUUCUUUCGCGGCGAGACCGCUCCAGUCCGCUCGCCCAGAGGGAAACCGGGAGCUGGUCUGGUGGGGAGCGGGUGGCCGCAUCCCCCGUCUCUCCUGCUUCCCCAGAGCCGCGGCGGCAGCUGGCGCAAACAUCCUGAGGUUGGUCUCCGAUGCCCUUCAGUGAGGAGCGGGCGUCGGGACCCUGGUGAGCGCACCUCAGGCCCUCCCCCGCAACUCGGUGUCUUCGUCGCCCCCCGGGCCCGCACACCCCAGUCUGGCUGCCAUGUCUGAAAACGCAGAGGGAGACCUGAACUCCAACCUGCUGCAUUCCCCCUACCACACCGGGGACCCUCAGCUAGACACGGCCAUCGAGCAGUGGCUCCGUUGGGAUAAGAAUCCCAAGACAAAAGAGCAAAUUGAAAAUCUGAUACGGAAUGGGAUGAACAAGGAGCUGCGAGAUCGUCUUUGUUGCCGAAUGACUUUCGGGACUGCAGGCCUUCGUUCUGCAAUGGGGGCAGGAUUUUGCUAUAUUAAUGACCUUACAGUAAUACAGUCAACACAGGGGAUGUAUAAAUACCUGGAGAGAUGUUUCUCAGACUUCAAGCAGAGAGGCUGUGUCGUUGGGUACGACACACGCGGCCAGGUAACCAGCAGCUGCAGCAGCCAGAGGCUUGCUGAACUCACUGCUGCAGUCUUACUGGCCAAAGAUGUUCCUGUGUACCUUUUUUCAAGAUAUGUUCCUACUCCUUUUGUACCAUAUGCAGUCCAGGAGCUCAGAGCAGUUGCAGGUGUGAUGAUUACUGCAUCUCACAACCGCAAAGAAGACAACGGAUAUAAGGUUUAUUGGGAGAACGGUGCUCAGAUCACAUCUCCUCAUGAUAAAGAAAUUCUGAAAUGUAUAGAAGAAUGUGUGGAGCCCUGGCAUGGUUCCUGGAAUGAUAAUUUGGUGAAUACUAGCCCACUGAAGAGAGAUCCUCUGCAGGACAUUUGCAGGAGAUACAUGGAAGAUCUGAAAAAGAUCUGUUUUUACAGGGAAUUAAACUCACAGACCACCUUGAAAUUUGUACAUUCCUCUUUUCAUGGGGUUGGACAUGACUAUGUGCAGUUGGCCUUUCAAGUGUUUGGUUUUAAGCCUCCAAUUCCAGUACCAGAACAAAAAGAUCCUGAUCCAGACUUUUCUACUGUUAAAUGCCCAAAUCCUGAAGAAGGAGAAUCUGUGCUGGAACUCUCUUUGAGACUGGCAGAGAAAGAAAAUGCUCGGGUCGUGCUAGCCACAGAUCCUGAUGCAGACCGACUGGCCGUGGCAGAACUUCAGGAGAAUGGUAAUUGGAAAGUUUUCACAGGCAACGAGUUGGCAGCGUUGUUUGGGUGGUGGAUGUUUGAUUGCUGGAGGAAAAAUAAAUCAAGAAAUGCUGAUGUGAAGAACAUUUAUAUGUUAGCCACCACAGUCUCUUCCAAAAUUCUGAAGGCGAUUGCCCUUAAAGAAGGAUUUCAUUUUGAAGAAACAUUACCAGGUUUUAAAUGGAUUGGAAGUAGGAUAAAAAACCUCCUGGAGAAUGGGAAAGAAGUCCUUUUUUCAUUUGAAGAGUCUAUUGGUUUUCUGUGUGGAACUUCGGUUUUGGAUAAAGAUGGGGUGAGUGCGGCCGUUGUUGUUGCUGAGAUGGCAUCUUACCUGGAAACCGUGAAUAUAACAUUGACACAGCAACUGAUUAAGAUUUAUGAAAAAUAUGGUUAUCAUCUUUCAAAAACUUCGUAUUUCUUGUGUUAUGAUCCACCUACCAUCAAAAGUAUAUUUGAAAGACUUCGCAAUUUUGAUUCUCCAAAAGAAUAUCCAAAAUUUUGUGGAACAUUUGCUAUUUUGCAUAUACGGGACGUUACCACUGGGUAUGACAGCAGCCAGCCUAAUAAGAAAUCAGUGCUGCCUGUGAGUAAAAACAGCCAAAUGAUUACAUUUACUUUCCAAAAUGGCUGUGUUGCCACUCUUCGGACAAGCGGGACAGAACCAAAGAUAAAAUAUUACGCAGAGAUGUGUGCAUUACCUGAGCAGAGUGACACUGCCUUACUAGAAGAGGAACUGAAGAAACUCAUUGAGGCUUUGAUUGAGAAUUUUCUUGAGCCCAGCAAAAAUGGCCUGAUCUGGCGUUCUGUUUAGUGCCCACCAGGACAUCAUUACUUUGCACUGGCGUAUGGAACAGGACUACCAAGGACUCCAUGCGUUUGAACUCAUGUUAGCUUUCUCUCUAUUUUAUCUGGCCAAGUAUCUGUUUGCUUUUAUAGUCUUUCUUUUUGGUUGGCUGACUAAACAAACUGUGUAAAUUUGAAAUGAAGUGGUCUGGAGAGAAAUUAUUCAAAUGUUUUCAUAAUCUUGAACAAAAGUCAUUACAUUAAAAGUAUUAUGGUAACACGUUUAACAGAAACAAAACAUUACAAAAGUGAGUGUUCUUAUUAAAGUGUGAUUAAGCUUAGUUCUGUAUUCUUGUAAUUGUGUAUAGCAUGGUUUUAAAAGAAAGCAGAUAAAUGUUAUAUAAUUGUAGAGUUGGUUAAGGAAAUUAAUCCAUAAAAUUGGCAAGAAAAUGGCAUUGCUCCCAGAAUACUGUGGAAAAGUGUCAUUGUUACAUCACAGGUAUUAACUUACAAAUUGGAGUAUUUGAAAUAGAGUAUUUAGCAUUUCUAGCUUAGAAUGGAUGUUUCAUUAUGUGGUUUCAGCACCUGUUUUGGGUGCUCUUGGUGCAGUGUAAAUUUAUUGUAUGUAUUUAAAAUUCUGACGUUUACUGAACAUAAAACAAUAGUGGCAACACUCCCAAAGGCUUUGUUCUUAGCAGAUUUCUUGGUGCCUUCUCAGGGUAUGGGUGAAUUGAAACAGUGUUCCUGCAUUGAAUAUAAUUGAAUCAGUUAGUUUUAAGACAGUUAAGGAAAAUCUUCCAAACUGGAUAGGUGCUUUCCCUCUGUAUCAAAUAGGUUUGCUGAUUUUAAAAUCUUAUGAAUGUAAAUAAAAAUCUUAAUAAUAACAGGCUCAACGUAACUGUAGUUAAGGAUCUUCCUGUUAGAAUUGUCAGUUCUCACAGCCUUUAAGUAAAGAAAAGAAUCUGAACUGAAAAAGGAGCUCUGAAUUUAUUUGAAAGUUUAACUUUUGAAUUACAUUUUUAUAAGUAGAUUUAUUCCUUUAUCAGAUGAAGGAAUGCUAAUUUUACUAAGAAAUAAAACCUCCAGGUUUUGGGUGUUAUGAAACACUAAAACUACGUGUUUUAAAACUAAGGUCCAGUUUAUCCUGACACCUUUCUGGCUUCUAUAGAAUUUCUGAUCACAAGAGUGCUAUUUAUCUUUUUUAAUAUGGAAAAAAGAAUUUGGAAGGUCACUUUGGUUGAUUCUGCAGUCUUCUAAGAAAAACUUAAUAGGGGAGUGCUGUUUAAUCUCUUAAAGUGUAUCCUGUCCUACGUAGCUCACGGAAAGCUUAAACACAUGAAGUAUAGCUAAGAGGUAACAGUAACAAGGCCUUGGCGUGUAAUUAUUCUAAACAAAUUGCCUAUGGGAGAUAACUGGUACUAGAGAAUUUACUUCCUAAAAUAUCAUAAUAAUACACAAUUUGAACUGAUUAGAAUAUGUAUUAAAUCACGGUUUGGUUUGUUGCAACUAUCAGCUAACAUUUGGUUGAACCUAUAUAAUCCAAAUAUAAUUUUCAAAUUAUUGUAUUGCCACUAUUGUUAAUUUGUUCCUUGCUUACUCUCUUAGAGCUGGAUGUUGUAUGGCUGUAGAUAAUAGCUAGCUAAAUGUAUUUCUGAAUGAGUUUGUUUUCAGAGGCUUUGCACUGAAGAAGAAAUGUGUAGAAUUUUUUGCUUAAUUUGCUUUUAGGAAUGUAGAUUGUAAUUUAGUAAAUGGCCUAUAUUCUACAAAGAGGUGUGAACAAUGCUAUAUAUAUAUAUAUAUAUAUAAAAUAUGUAUAUUUGGUUUUAGUAUCUGUGUUUCAGUGACUGACGAACAAAGUGGAGCUAAAAUGAUAUGAUAGCCCAUUCAUAAUCACUAAAGCCAUGUCACGAUUGUCGUUCUAUCAUAAAGAGAACAGUUCUGAGUGCAGUAAUGUAAUACAACAUUUAAGUCAUCUGAAUCAAGGUGAAAAGUUAGUAAAGCUUGGAUUCUUAUCACAAAAAUUUAAAAAUCCAGCUAAAAUUAACAAUGUUUAGGAAAUUAUUUGAUUCUAGCCAAGCUCUCGAAUCUGGCUGAGCAUGAUAUUUAACGUGAACUUGACAGCAUAGAUAUACACUUGCCUAACAGGAUAAAUUCAGUAGCCUAACCAGGAGAGACAGAAGUGCUGGCCAGUGGGUCUCAGCCAUGGGCUCUAUGUUGUUUAUCUUUUUCUUUAUAAACGAUAUCAUGGAAAUGAAUGCAUUCUCAUUGAGGUGUAGAUCAAAGCUGGGAUUUUCCAGAGCUUUGGGGAAAAAGAAAGAGUGGGGCAAGAUCAAAGCAUACAUUGGAAAUAAACAGUAGAAAUUAACAAACAAUAGAAAGGUCAAUAAGGUGGCAAAGGAGAUGCUUCUUGUGAAGGGCAAACUUACCAUCCUCAAAGUAAGGAAUAAACUGGCUAUGGGCAAGUUGUUUACUUGUGUUUAUUUGUUAUUAUGUGCAGAUAGUGACCCUUCUGUUUACCUUUAUUAGCACCACUAAAAACAGGCCAAGUUUUAGGAGGUGAGACAAGUACCCCUCUUACUGAUUCAAUUCCUGCUAGGAUGUUGUGUCUUAGGAUUGUAUGGGAACUGGGGAGGGGAGGAUAUAGCAGAAAUAAGAAGAAAUAAAAUAUAAGUUGGGAAGUAAGACUGCUGAGAAAAAGCUUGAAGAAUUAAGAUCAUUUAACUCUGGAGGGGGAAAGCUGUAGAGAUAGUUUAGUAAGUGUUAACUUAUUACUUGAGUCUUUUAUUGAGGGACUCAAAGUGAGAAAUAGUAUGACAAACUGUUCUUCAUCUCCAGUGAGGACAGAAUAAGAGGGAAUAGUGAUCUUUUUAAAAAAAUAAAAUAAAAAUUUUAAAUGUUUAUAUACUAAAUGGAUUUGUAAGGUUCCUUCCAAUACUUUUUUUUUUAAACUCAGGUUGGAACAAAGAUGAUAUCAUAAAGAGCACUGAAAGUAACAUUUGAGUUUCACUUCAUAUCUAGAAAAACUUAGCUCCCAGGACAGUUUUUGUAUAUGGUGAGUAGUAGAUGCAUGAGUGCAGUCUUAUUCACUGCAAAAAGCCCUGCUUGAUAGUAUUUUUAAUUUAACUUGGCAAAUUGAGACUUGAACAUGAUUUUGUUCAUCUUGAAGAAUGUAUAAGCAUUAUAGGAUAUUUGAGGGGUUUGUUUUAAAUAUUAGGUAUUCUUAUUUGGAUGUAGUAACUUCUGCAGGAUGUAGUUACUUCAGUAACUUCAUAGAGGUUAUAAGAGAUUGGAUACUUUGGAAUAUCUUUAUAUAGGAAAUAGACCACCUGUUUCUUAAGAAGAUUGCUUCUAGAGUUGAUGCAACAAAGAUAUUAGCUGGAGUUCAAUGGAGAAUUUCAUUGUUCUAUGAACUGCUGCUAUUGGUACUUUUUUCAGAUGUUUUCCAUUGAUGUUUGUGAUGCUUGAAAAAUCCAAAUUCCUCUUGGACAAAUUUAUUUUAUGCCUUUUUCUCUCUACCUCCCUCUUCCCUUAGGUGCCCUCCCACAUUCUGUUACUGUGAAAAGCUAUUGUCCUAUUACCUCACUGAUAAGAAAUCUUAACUGUAUUCAUUCAGAAUGCUUUAAACUUAUUCAUAAACUAUGUUUGUUUAUUGACUUUUUGUUAUUUUGCUAUUGUGAGAAUAUUUAGGCAUUAUGAGAAGUAAUGUUAAGUCUAUUUCAUAGCCUUUUUUUUUGGUCUGUCUGGAUACUAGUGUGUGUUAAUUUAUUAUAGUCUUUUAUAAUUCACUUGUUUUCUGAGAUUGCUCUAGAAACUGGUGAGGAAAAAGUCAUACUAACAAAAAUGGAUGUCAAUUGAUUUUAUUUCAGGUUUCCUUGUACUUUGAGCAUCCAAAGCACAAGAUUUGAGGAAAUCUUUUUUCACCUUUGUCCCUCAUAGCAUCUUACCAUGAGCCAUGAGAAGUCUCAGUGGAAAGAAGAGACUCUCUUUUUGUCUGACUCUUUACAUAGCAUGACUUUACUUCUAGUUGGAAACAAUGUUCGUGUUUGCCAUUGGUUACUUUAAAAUAUUCACCAUACUGUUACAGUCGUUAUCCCAUCUUUCCUCUUUGUUAACUCAAAACUAUGUACUUGGAAAAGAGAACAUAUAAGAAUGCAUAAAGUGGCCAAGAGGAGGGCAAAGUGACAUAUCUUAAAGUUUGCUUCUCACAUUUUUCCACCAGCAUAACCCUGAAGUGGAGGAGCAUGAAUAUGUAAGGGAAGGGGCCUGAGAGCAAAAUCAGAAGCAGCCUACUGAUCAUGAAAUUUCAUGUUCUGUCUUAAAAAUGUAAGUGAAUUGUGCAUUCUCCAUAUUAAAACUGCUUUAAUAUAAAAACGAUUCCUUCAAUCUUCACGGACUGGUGCUCCCAGGAAGGAGCACUGUGUUUAUCACGUGGCCUCUCAGUUUUCUCCCCCCAGUCCCCCUCAGUUGCUGCAUCUCCCUAGGGGUGCACACGCUGACUUUAGUGUGAGAAAUAUAAACAGAGACCAUAUCUAGGAUACUCUUUGCCCUUUAGAAGCUGACCUUUGAAAGUGUUCAUGCCAAAUUAAACUGACCUGGAACAGUUAUGUUACCGCUGAACCUUAGGAUAUAGUCAGAGGUGGCGGCCAGUGUGUUCAUGGCACUCCCUGACUAAGAAGGAGCACCUGGCUGUCGGCUCCCUGAGAGCAGGGGUGAUGAUUUGUCAUUUUUCACCUCUGUACUACCGAGUGUAGUGCCUGUUAGGGAGUGCUUAGUUGGUGACAGUAGGAAUUAAGGGAUUUUAUUUUAAAGAAGCAAAUGGUUUAAGACACAAUCAGAAACAAUUUCUAAUUCAGUUUUUAAAACAAUUCUCAUUCCUGAAAUCAGUAAUACGCAAUGUUAAUUGAGCACGCAUACCCUUCAAUACUCAGUUUCUUUGAAGAGGGCAGAGCAUAUUCCUAUUUAGAAAUUGUCUACAAUGCCUAGUAUUUUACACUCCAAGCAAGAUAUUGGCCAAGGAGACUCAGCAGGUGUCUAUGUGGACUUCACAUCACUAGUGUAAGUGCCACGUUGAGCACUCGCACUACCUUCCAGUGAGUCACAACUGAUUUGAUACUAUUUGGUAUAUUUUUGUCCAGUAUUAUGAUUCAUCUGUAUCUUACAAGAGCCACUCAAGCAAGAGUCUGCAUCUGUAUGUGGUGAGGCCUUCUUGUUAAAGGCUAAAAUAAAUUGUUUGUAUACAUCAUUGAAUAUGCCAGAUAAAAUAUGUGCAGUUAAGAAUGAAUUUUUCUGAGUGUGUAACAGUAGUUCAAAAUUGUGCCCUUGUUUUAACAGUUUCUGUCGACAUCUGCUCAUUUUUCCCUACAAAAACACCAGGAUGUAUCAUAAGUACUGCCUGUGAGAAUUUGCACUUUAAGUAUUUGUGUGUGAAUUUCUUGUGGUUUUAGCCAAAUGAAGUGUUAUCAGUAAUAAACAGGUCUCUUCAUAGG